AUGCUCUCCAAAUCUCUGCUCUCUUUGCUAGCCCUUGCUGCCACGGUAGUCUCCUCUCCCCUCGAGGCGCGUGCAGAGCGAUGGGAAGUCCUCCCCCCAACCCCGGCUUUACCAGCUCCAAUCACCAAGGCCUUGACACCGAUCAAUGGCGUACAACUUUGGUCCCAAUCCUACAAUGGUGCAGCUGGAGGAGUUCCCAUAGUUUUGCUCGCUGGAGGAUUAGGAUACUCCGCAUACCUAGGAAGCGUAAUUCCAAUUCUUAGCAAGACCCACCAUGUCAUUGCCAUUGAUCGCCGUGGUCAUGGACGAUCAACGUUCAACUCUGGGGACGUAUUCACAUACGAUGGCUUUGCAAAAGACACCUACGACCUGCUGAAUGCUCUGGGUGUGAAACAAGCCAAMUGGGUAGGAUGGUCCGAUGGCGCCAUCACAGCUCUCUCCGGACUUCUUGACGGCAAGAUCAAGACGACUAUCAACAAGGCAUUCAUCUUUGCCGCCUCGCAGACUUACAAGGAUACGAACGCUACAUUCACAAGCACAUCAGUCUACAGCGAAUUCGUUUCUCGUUGCCAAACGGAGUAUGCCAGUUUGCAACCCAACGCCAACUUCGAGGCGUUCGGUACCAAGGUUGCGUCAAUGGAGGCUAUUCUACCCACAUGGACCGACGCAGAUCUCGCAGCUAUUGAAGGCGCCAAAGUUACGAUUGCGGGUGCAGACCACGAUGAAGCAGUAAACCUGAACGUGGCGCCGCAUUUACACAGCGUGAUCAAGGGAAGCAAGUUGACGAUACUGAAUGCGGUUAGCCACUUUGCGCCGUUGCAGGACCCGAGUGGAUUCGCGAGUGCCAUUUUGGCAUCAUUGUAG